UACGAAGCUAUAAAUAAAUAAUACGUAAAAAGCAAAUCUUUUCAAGUCUCUUACAAUUUUCAAAUUAUUGAGAAUGUUCAUUUAAAAGCUGACUUUUAACAACCAACCCCAAACAUAAAAUCAGAGUUGCAACCACCAUCGCACCAAAAACUUUACUAUAAGGAUGAAAUAAAAGUACGUCACCCCGUAAGUUAAUAAUUAUAAAUUUUUAAUCGAGUAAAAAACAAAAAAAUAAAUAAAAAAUAGAAGUAUAUUUAUGACUUAAUCAAUGGAUCUACACAUAAUAAAAUGAAAAAUUACUUAAAUACACUCCUUUACUUACCUUAAUAGCCAUUUAUCCCUACUUAUUAUAAAAUUUUCAAAAAUCCCUUAUUUCCCCCAAUUAAUAAAAUAUGUAAGAUACAUAUAGAUAUCCCACCGUUUUUUCAGCCAAUUACCAAGUUUUACUUUACAAAAAUAAAAUCCUAUUUUCAGGCUACCCACUUCCCCAUUAAUAGCCCCAUUAAAAGUUACCAUAUUUAAUUUUAUUCCUAAAAUAUUUCCCCACGUUUAGGAGCAAAAUUUUCUAUCAAUUUGAAUUUCAGUAGGAGUAAUGCAGCAAAUUUAUUCUAUCAAUUUGAUUUUCUGUAGGAUUCUCCCUCAAGUAUUUAAAUUUCUAAGUUUUUAAAAGGUAAGAAUUUUAGUCUCCAUUUUUCUCUUCUUGGUGUGCUUUUACCGAUAAUAUGGAACAGGGUCAAUCUAGAGAUGGUGAUUCUAAUACUAAUGCUAAACGUGUGUAUGAUUCUGAUGAUGAAAUGUGGGCUGAGAACAGAUCAAAGAGAUUGCAUGACCCAUUAGCGAUGAAGAACAAGAAUGUACUCGAGCCAAAGAAAAAGCUUGAAGAAAUCCCUAAAAAAAGGCGAAGAAAAGUUACACAUGUUGUUUCCCGACCCACACUUCCUAAGGGCAUGAAUUAUGUUAUAAAAAAAAUACCAGCACAUCCAUUGAGGUUUGGAGCGACGUUCAAUUUUGAUUUUGUGAAUAAAAUCAAAUUGUCAAUAAAGGAUGAAUGCGUUGAAAUGUUCAAGAAAACAAUUUUUGGACCAUAUUUGGACAUUCCAAAAUGUAAUUUCCAGGGUCAGAUUACUAAGUGUUUGUUGUUGUUGGAGGUGCAACAUGAAAACAAAGAUGUAUUGCAUGUUCGUCAUGCUAAUGGGAAUGUAUUGGUGUUUGGUAUGAAGGAAUUUGCCAUUGUAACUGGCCUUAAAUGCAAAGGAAACGUUAAGGAUUUUUCAUAUCCUAAUUCCACUCCGAGCUGGUUAUUACAAAAAUAUUUCCCUGAUUGUCAUACAGGUAUAACCAAGAGUCGCUUGAUACAGCGUUUUGCAAUGGGUAAUUGGGAGACCACACAAGGAAUCCGUGGAAAUGGCAAUAUUAUACUUCAUCAAUACUUUCCUGUUAUGCCAUCUUGGUGAGACCUAUAGCUUAUU